UUUACUGUGACGAUACCACUUGACUUGACGCUCUGGCAUCGUAGAUUGGCUCACCACCAUCAUGCUGAUGUCAAGGGACUGAUACAGAGAGAUCUGGUCACUGGGCUUACAUUGGAAUCAAAGGCUGCUUCUGAUCCUGUCUGUGAACCGUGCUUGUCUGGCAAGAUGCAUGCCAAUCCAUUUCCCUCAUCUGAUACUCGCUCUGCUCAUCCUUUGGACCUCAUCCAUUCAGAUGUACACCAAGUCUCUUCACCCACAUUCUCUGGAUAUUGUUACUGGGUCACCUUCAUUGAUAAUCACAGUUGA